GGCCGAGAGCCACCCGGGCGGCCGCGCUCCGAGAGACGACGCCGUAGGCGGGAGAGAGUGGAAGUGCCCACGGUUGGUGUUUCGUACGCGUGGUUCCGUGAAGGUGUGUGAAACUGAAAGCCCUGGAUGGCUGGGAAGAGGUCGUCGAGCAAGCGGCCCCUGCUGCUGGGGCUGCUCCUGGCCGUAGCCACUGUCCACCUGGUCACCUGUCCCUACACCAAAGUAGAGGAGAGCUUCAACCUGCAGGCCACACACGACCUGCUCUACCACCAGCUGGACGUGGACAAGUAUGACCAUCUCGAGUUCCCUGGCGUCGUCCCCAGGACCUUCCUUGGGCCACUGUUGAUGGCAGCGUUCUCCAGCCCUGCGGUUUACGUGCUUUCCCUGUUAGAAAUAUCCAAGUUUUACUCUCAGCUGAUAGUUAGAGGAGUCCUUGGACUUGGCGUGAUUUUUGGACUCUGGACGUUACAAAAAGAAGUGAGACGACAGUUUGGGGCCACAGUGGCCACCAUGUUCUGCUGGGUGACAGCCACACAGUUCCACCUGAUGUUCUACUGCACUCGGACACUGCCCAACGUGCUGGCCCUGCCCGUGGCAUCCCUCCCACGCCGUCUUGCAGUGCUGCUGGCCCUCGCGGCCUGGCUGCGGCACGGCUGGGCCCGCUUCAUCUGGCUCUCGGCGUUCGCGAUCCUCGUCUUCAGGGCUGAGCUGGGCCUGCUGCUGGGCCUCAUGCUGCUGCUCCCGCUGCACAGCAGGAAGCUCCCCGUGCUCAGGCUGCUCCGUCACGCCGUCCCGGCUGGGAUCCUUGGCUUAGGACUGACGGUUGCCGUAGACUCCUAUUUUUGGCGACAGCUUGUGUGGCCUGAAGGAAAGGUGCUUUGGUACAACACCAUCCUGAAUAAAAGUUCCAACUGGGGAACCUCCCCGCUCCUGUGGUAUUUCUACUCGGCCUUGCCCCGUGGCCUGGGGUGCAGCCUUCUCUUCGUGCCCCUGGGCAUGGUGGACAGAAGGACCCACGCGCUGGUCCUGCCGGCUCUGGGCUUCGUAGCUUUGUACUCGCUGCUUCCGCACAAAGAGCUGCGCUUCGUCAUCUACGCCUUCCCCAUGCUCAACGUCGCGGCCGCCAGGGGCUGCUCCCGCCUGCUGAAUAAUUAUAAAAAGUCCUGGCUGUACAAAGUGGGGUCCCUGCUCGUGUUAGGACACCUCGUGCUGAAUGCCACCUACGUGGCUGCAUCCCUCUAUGUGUCCCAUUUCAACUACCCUGGAGGUGUCGCGAUGCGGAGGCUGCACGAGCUGGUGCCCCCUUGGACAGGUGUCCUUCUGCACAUCGACGCGGCUGCUGCCCAGACGGGUGUGUCUCGGUUUCUGCAAGUCAACAGCGCCUGGAGGUACGACAAGAGGGAAGAUGUGUGGCCUGGGGCUGCGGCCAUGCUGGGCUACACCCACAUCCUCAUGGAGGCGGUCCCUGGCCACCUGGCCCUCUACAGGGACACACACCGGGUCCUGGCCAGCGUUGUGGGCACCACAGGUGUGAGUCUGAACCUGACCAAACUGCCUCCCUUUGACAUCGACCUGCAGACGAAGCUGGUGCUCCUGGAGAGACUUCCCAGGCCGUCCUGAGGGGCAGAGCCAGGACCGACCUCCAGCAGCCAAAUCCCUCCAAGAACAUGGUCUCCGCCAGUGUUUGGGCACAAUUAGGGCAAAACAGAGAAACAAAUCAACAGUGAACAUGCCCCUGACAUACACCUGACCAAGCAGGGCUGGGGCCUCCAUGCACAGCCACACCCAGGGCUCACAGCCCAGGGUGACAGUGGCCUGCUCAGACUUUCCCGCAUGUUCCCAGGGUGGUGAGAAGAUCAUUUAUCGUCCAGACUGGGACCAUCCAGACACCCUGGACGCGUGGUGACCUUUGCCACGUCCUGCCCGCCCACUGGAGCUGCAUUUUGGCGGCACCACUUGCUCGGUGCCUGUGGGCCUCCUGACGCACCUGCGGCGGCGCCUGCGCGGAGGAGACCACGAUGUAAACCCCGCGACGGCGCCCCGCCCCCCCCAGCCCCGGCUUCCACCGCAACCUCUGUGUUCACAGGCCUGUCAUUUCCAUCACAGAUUAAAUCUUAGGAGAUAAACAUGUUCAGAAAGGAAUGAGGAAUAAAAAAGAAUAAGGCAAUAACAUGUCAAUUGGA